AUGUCACAAAACUGGGUCCAGCGCCUUUCGGUUCGUGGUUUCUCUAAUCCGAGCUACCAAACCGUGUCGGACCGCAGAGGUAAAUUCCCCUAUGAUCCCAACUCCACUCGAGCAACCUCCUCAUUUAGCAUUACAGGUGGCCGCACAGCAUGGAGCUCCAUCGCCUGUAUCAACGGAGUGACGUAUCCUGCUAAGUUUUGGUACGAUGGCGAAUAUGUAGAGCAGUCAAAGCACGACGCUGCAGAAUCCGCGUUGAGGAUUCUGACUGGAACCCAAGAUAUGACAACGGAACCACCACCAGCGACGUUCUACCAGCAGAGAGCUUCGGCUUGA